GUACUACUGAGCUGACUGGAGGAGGAGGUGGGAUCCAGCUACUGGUGGUCGUGGGCUAACACACGUUUACGAGCGAACCGUGCGGGAUCCGCCAGCAAGCAUACGACACCCAUUUGCAUUUUGGCUGCUUUUUGGAGGGUAUCACGACGAGAAAACCCAUUACGGGAUACCCCCUCCCUUUUCUCCCUCUUGUCGCCCUGCUUGGAGGGGUUGGUCACCUUCAUAUCAGGCGGGUUUUGUUGUUGCCCACACAGUUUUCGCUUUCAGUUUGGGUCGACUUGUGUGGGUUUUUCCCCCCCUAGCACCCCCGAGUGUGUGAAAAGAUACAUCACAGAAGAAAGCAGCUACUAUAACAGGGGCUGAAGGGAAUCGCUGAAUAUCAAUGAGCUCCGAUUUCCCGCACUACAGUUUCAGGAUGCCAAAUAUAGGGUUUCAGAACCUCCCCCUUAAUAUCUACAUUGUGGUGUUUGGGACAGCCAUCUUUGUCUUCAUCCUCAGCCUCCUCUUCUGCUGCUACUUAAUAAGGUUACGGCACCAGGCGCACAAAGAGCUCUAUGCAUACAAACAGGUUAUUCAGAAGGAAAAAGUCAAAGAACUAAACUUGCAUGAGAUAUGCGCAGUGUGCUUGGAAGAGUUCAAACAGAAAGACGAGCUGGGGAUUUGUCCAUGCAAACAUGCCUUUCAUAGGAAGUGCCUCAUUAAGUGGUUGGAGGUGAGGAAAGUGUGCCCGCUGUGCAACAUGCCCGUCUUGCAGCUCGCUCAGCAGGCAGGCGGCAGCACAGACGCCCCUGUGCCAAUACAGCAGCCUCUGCCCGGCAUCGAGAAUAUGGUGUAGCAGACUCCAGGCCUUUCUUACAGUACACUACAGACACACACACACAUCCCAACACUUGUACUCUCACCUGUACAGGUACACUUUGGUAUGAGUCUGUGGACACACCGGAGAAACUGGAGCUACUGCACACCUGUGAAUCUGCAGCCAGAAUCACCUCUGUUACCUUUGCAUUGGUUCACAAAAGGAUUUUCUGAUAUCAGCUCUGACUGAUAAUCAGCUGUUUUCAUGUUUUUCUUUUCACGGACGAUGAAGAAGAGUUGAUCUAGAAGAAGUUUCCUUCACGGCCGAGAUGUGGUUGAUAACUUUUUCACAACCAAAGCACUUUUCUGGGGACACCAGCUAAAGACCAGGAGGAAAAAAACUAAACAAAACGCAAAAGCCAAGAACUACAAUACACUAAAAUAUAUUUUUUUCUUUAACAAGCACUUUACGAGAAGUCAAACCCUAAUUGCUUGUGAUCGUAGUAGCAAGGUAUGUUUUAUAUUUUGUCAUUAACUAUUAUUUUAAUGUACAGUACAAAACCACAUGGGUUUUCAUUUUUAAUUAGUAAACAUUGAUUUCUAAACAAAAAAAAAUAUCUCAAAGGGACAACAAAUACCUAUGUUAGCUAUCAGGAAAUUUGGACAAUGCUUUUUUUUUUUUUUAAUUGCACACACACAUAAGAAAUGAAGCUCUAAGCAACCUCGAGACUUGAUGUCUGACUAAAUGUGAAAGGUUUGAAUGUGUGGAAACCCAGAAUUUUACACACAAACACUAACACUCUUCAUAUGAAGCCUACACAUUUGUUCCCUUAUCACCUGUUUGUUGUUCUUAUAAUGUGACUGUUGUUUUUAUCUUUUUUUUAAUUUUUAUUCUGUCAAUACAGAACAAUGAUACAGUGAACAAAGUAUAUUUUGACUAAAGGAAUUUAUCGGGUAACAUCCUCCACAUACAAGUGCUGUUAGGCAAGCACAGGCUAAAAAACUGUCACCCCAUUUUAAUUUCAUCAGAAAAAUAUCUCCAACAAAGAAGUACUUCAGAGUUAGUAUUUCAAAUACUGUUAUUAUUUAAACCAGUAUUAGUGUGUAUAAUCUGGUGCUUUAUCUAUACAACUGUUUAACAGAACAAACACCAGUAAUGAGGCAAUAUUCAACAAAGAUCUACAGACUUUAAUGUUCCAGUUUUAUUUUGCUCCGUUGCUUCCUGAAGCUGAGCUGUGUGAAUGUUAACAGUGCUUUACUUCAGAUUAAGGCUGAAUUGUUCUGUCUAAUUGAGACACUUUACAAAACUGUUAUGUUAAUCUACAUUAAUCUAGCAUCAUACAGUAUAUCUUGCUAGGAAGUGAUUGAUAAUUCAGUGUAGGAAAAAGACCAGAAUGAAUCCGGCUUUUUGCCGUCUUUGCUGUUAAGCUUCUACUUAAAAUGUGCUGCAUUCACAGUUGCAGUUACCUUUGUUUGCUUCAACCCUGAUAGAUUGUUUUAAUUUAUUUUUUAAUUUAUUGUAAUUUAUGGGUUCAGAUGCACAGAGUGAACGAGCUAGCGGAUCGUCACCUGCAUCAGAAUCGCUGUCCUCGGCAUAUCAUAUUAGUCAAGAUACACACUAGUGGGGGGCACCCAUACCUAUCAUGCCCCCCCACCCCCACCCCUGCACACACACACACACACACAUACAGCUGGGCUGCCAGAGAGUCAGUGGUCAGCAUGUUGUAAUGGAGCAGCAUUUCCAUUCACACACACACACACACACACACACACACACACACCCACACCCCCCCCCCCCCCCCCCCACACACACACACACACACACACACAGGGUAAUUCAGCUUUUUGGGAGCAGUAUUCUGGUGCUUUCGCCUCUCCCCCUCUUUCUGUACGGUACACAGUGCUUUUUGUUUUGCACCAUACAUACAGUAACUCUGCUUUUGUGCAUAUUUUUUGUCCUCAUCUCUUGUUAGCUGGUAAAUGUGCUGAUGAGUUUAGCAAGGAGGGGCUUAAAAAAGAAAGCUUUGUUACACAGUGAUGGAUAAGUGAGAGAUUGUCUUUUACCUGUGAUAUAUUGUCAAAAAACAAUCAUCCUUUUUUUUUUAAAGGCACAAUCUGUGAUCCAAAUUUAAACAAAAGGAUACCACAACAAUAAAUAACCCUGUUACCUGGA